UCGAGAUGCGAGAUGGUGGUUAUGUGGUUCGGUCAGUCAAGCCAGGCUGUUCUCAGUCGUAACUCAAACAGUGAGGAGAGCGCAUAGUGUUCGCAUAUCACUGGAGCUGUCAACUAAUGGGUCUAAAACAGAGCUGGGCGGUUUUCCUUGUUGGUUGCAUAUUUCUCCUGGCCCAACCUUUGGAUUGUCGGCAGCAGAGUCAGGGUCCUCCCUUCAUCAAGGGAGUUCCCGUCACCGUACGAGACCGAGAAAAUGCCACCGUUUCCAUUCCUUGUGUGGUAGAGAAUUUAGGUGCAUCCACGUUAAGAUGGCUCAAGGGUGAGGAACUUAUUGUUGAGCGCACGGCGGUGGACACCGACCCUGUGGUUUCUCCAAACGACCCCAGAAUCUCAGUUUGGCCAGACAAUAGUCUGCAGGUGAAAAACCUGAGGGAAUCAGACGAUGGAGAAUACACCUGUCAAGUUGCUCGACUUCCACCACUUAAGUCAAUCCAACGGACGAAUGCGAUUUUGGUGCUUUACCCACCAACUGUUCAUUUAAAUCCUGACGUGGAAGAGUUUGAAGUGGAGUUGAAUUCAAUAGUUUCUAUUGAAUGUGUCGCCGACGGAGUUCCAAAGCCGAUCAUAUCAUGGACUGAAUAUGGCGGCGCUGUGCUCACGCCAGACGAAUUGAAAAUGCUGGGGACCGUCCCGAAAGUUGAGUUCCGAGCAACGACAAGACAUGCGGCAGGGCGGUUCACAUGUGUGGCCAACAAUGGGGUUGGAGAACCAGUGAGCGCGUCGACGCGUCUAAAAAUACUGUAUCCACCCGAAGUGACCAUGGAAAGGGAGUGGGUGCACACGGGCCACGGCGCCAAAAGCGAGCUCACCUGCCGAGUCAAUGCCGAGCCAGAAGCCAAGGUGGAAUGGUUAAGGCCGGACGGAGAAAUUUUUUCUCCCUACAGCAACCCUAGGUUUGCGAUUUCUGUACUGGGUACGAGGAACACGCUCAUCAUAAGAAGCGUCCGCGAUAGUGAUUUGGGAAAAUACAAAUGUAUGGCAGAGAACAUCAUGGGAAAAGGCAGCGCAACUCUGGAGCUUACUGGUCUUUGUAAUCCAGUAAAGAUAAAAGAAAAGCUUGGCCUUGCCAUGGACUUGUCCUACAGUAUCAUUUGGGAAGUUGAUUGCUAUUCUCAAGUUUAUGAUUAUCUACUGAAGUUUAAAAAAACAACGGAUAUCGAGUGGUAUAAUCUGACGAUCCCGUCUGCAAGCUCACAUACGUAUACCGCAGUUUACUCCCAAGAUUACAAUUUGAGUGGGUUAGAACCAUCAACAGAGUACCAGGUUCAAAUUCAAGCUAGAAACAAAUAUGGUCUAGGCAGGCCGUCUAAGAUUUUUUCUUUCACAACUCUUGGUUAUGGACAAGCCCCCACUGAACCUAUAAACCAAGAAGAAUUGGAAGUGAUAGAGAAAGAGGAAGUUAUCGAGCAAGUUCAUGUCACUGUGGUGAAAACAGCAGUUUUUGCGACAACAUCUGCUGGCACAACAGUUGAGAAAAUUCCAAUAAUAUUUGUUCUAAUUGUAUUUUUCAAUGUUUUUGUAAAAGUCUGUUAAAAUUUUGUACUGUUCUAUGCCAUUAAAAUUAAAAUAUUUUUAGCAUUA